UAUCACCGGGUUGUAAACUUCCGGUAUGACAGAUAAUCUGUUUUAGAAGAAAGCGAAGUCGAAGAGUCAUGAUUACACUGUCCAAGAAGUUAAAACAACAGACGCCAGCCAAAAAGGAAACUGAACAUGAAAUCAAACGGAUAUCAAUCCGGGACAAGCUUCUGGUGAAGGAGGUCCAGGAAAUGGAGGAGAACCUACCAAAGACUUGUAAAGUAAACUUCGGUAAUCCCAACCAGCUUCAUAUCUUCUCUCUUACCAUCACACCUGAUGAGGGAUUUUGGCAUGGCGGAAAGUUCCUAUUUAAUGUUGAUAUUCCGGAGGAUUAUAAUAUUGUGCCACCACAGGUUGUAUGUAAUACACGAAUAUGGCACCCAAACAUCAAUGAGGAUGGUGAAGUUUGUCUAAGUUUACUUCGACAGAGCUCCUACGAUAGUUUAGGUUGGGCGCCCACAAGAAGACUUAAAGAUGUGAUAUGGGGUCUCAACUCCUUAUUUUCUGAUUUACUCAAUUUUGAUGACCCACUCAAUGUAGAUGCUGCAGAUCAUUAUUCUCGCAACAAAGAAUCUUUUAAGAGCAAAGUGAGAGACUAUAUACAAAUGUAUGCUGCUAGGUAACGGUGUAUGUUAGAAUAUUACAAUAUGAUUGGAUGUCCAUUAUGUAGCCAUGGCAACCUGCAAGUCCCUGCAUAUUAUGAAGCUAUUUGUUGGCUUGUGUGUUACCAUGAAAGCCUGCACCUCUUCAUUUGUCAAAGAGACAAUUAUUGGUUGGCUAACAUGUUGACAUGUUAACGUAGUAAUCUGCGAACUUCCGUAAUAACCAUAGAGAGUAGAGUUUUACUCUGGGCUGGAUGGGACAUUACCAUGAUAACCUGCAUUAUUGAAACUAGCUGAUGUGUUUCAACGACAUCUGGAAGGCUUCAUGUGUCCAGUGAAACUAGAUCAUGUGUGGAAAAUGCAUGCUCACAAUUACCACUUACUUGACAUAUAAGUAACAAUUGAGCCCAGCUAACAGUAAUGUCAACCAGUGAAGAUUUUUAGAUAAUAAUUUAUUCAAAACUAAACAUAGUUACGCUGAAUAACGCUAGACAAAUGGUUUUCCACAGACAUGUUAGCCCAUACAUGAAUUUUAAAUUAUCAGACUUUUUCCCCAAAGAUUUGUGUAUUUGAACAAUUGUAAUGACUUGUUGAAUAAUUAAUAAGCAGAGUUGAAAAUUUGAAAUAUUUUAACUUAUAUGUAGAAUGGUUUUCAGGUUGGACAAGAGAAUAUGUGGAUACAUUAUUUUGGUAUGUUACUGGUAAUUGUUGAAUAAACAUUUACUCCUUAAUCAUAGAA